AUGAAUGAUUUUGAAACUUCUUUUAUUUCACAUCUUCCACCAUCAAAUGUACCUAAAAUAAAUGUUCCACGAUCAUCAUAUAAAUUUACUGAAGAUGAAAUAAAUUCAAAAAGGUCAUUUGUAACAAACUCAUAUAAUGCACCAACCCAAAAUAACCCAACUGUAAUUCAACCAUUUAAACAAACAACAAUGAAUGUUAGUUCUUCUGGACUCUAUUCUGUUGCACCAUCUUCAAUACCUCCAUCCAAUUUAAACCCACCUAUUAUAACAAAACCAUUUCAAAAUUUUCUUCCAUCAAAUGCACCAGUUCAACCAAACACACUGAAAAACCAAAACUUAUGUAAUAAAACACCUUUAACUCAAUUCAAUGUUAUUACUUCUUCUACAACAACACCCAACUUCAGUUCUUCAACAACUUCUAAAUCUUUAUCAUCUUCUUAUUUUCAACAACCAUUAGUACCACCUCAAUCAAAAACACCUCCAGUGUAUGAAAGAGUUAGAGUUCCAAGUCCAAUUCAAAGACCUGAAUUAGCUGCUUAUUCUCCUGGAAUACAACGAAACCAAAUUCGACCUUCUCUCCAAAGACAUUUUGCUGAACUUUCAUUAAAUACAAAGAAAUUUGAAACACCAACUGGAAGGUCAUUAAAAGGGAAUGAAGAAGAAUCUCCUCUAAAGAAGAAAAAUCAACCAGAAUCCGACAUUUCAUAUUCAGAAGAUCCAUAUAUUGAAGUUGACAACUAA